AUGGGAAAGUUACUAGAAUCUCUUUUUACUAAAAGACUUAUAUGGCAACUGCAUAAAGAAGGCAGAUUCUCAACUAAACAAUUUGGCUUUACGCCCCAAACGUCAACAGUGGAAGCUGUUAACGUACUACUUAAAGAAAUAGAGAAACAAAAGAAAAAGAAAAUGAGAAGUUAUAGCGGUCUCUUUGAUAUCAAAGCGGCGUUUGAUAACGCCUGGUGGCCACUCAUCUUAAACGGGCUUAAAGCAAAAGAAAUUGGACAAAACACUUUCCAGUUAAUCAACUCCUACUUUUCCAAUAGAAAAGUCUGCAUGAAAUAUAAUGAUGUCACGGUCAAAAAAACUGUUACCAAAGGAUGUGUUCAGGGAUCGGUCUGCGGACCGACAUUCUGGAACGUUAUAAUUGAUGAAUUAUUAAACAUACCAUUCCCAGAAGGUAUUCACAUACAGGCAUUUGCUGAUGAUGUUAUCUUGCUGGGACAUCAUAAAGACAAACAUAUUUUGAAAAACAACAUUGAGACUACCCUUCAAAUUAUUUCAAACUGGGGUAACUCAGCAAAACUGAUGUUUGGCGCUGAAAAAACGCAAUUAAUAUCUUUUACAAAACCUACGCACAACUUCAACGUUGAGAUGUCUGGUAUUACGUUAACGUGCAAUGACAAAAUAAAACUUUUAGGCAUUAUUAUUGAUAAAGACUUAAAAUUCACAGCACAUGUUCAUUACAUUACGGACAAAUGUAUGAAAGUAUAUAAACAUUUGACGAGACUUGUAAAACCCACGUGGGGCCUGUCAUCGGAGGUCGUCCAAACUAUUUAUAAGAGAGCAAUAGAACCCGGUUUGUUGUACGGAUGCAUGAUAUGGGAAAAGGCUUUGAAAUAUAAAUAUAUAAGGAAAAAACUUGAAAAAUUUCAAAGGGCAUUUGCCAUCAGAUGCGGUAAAUGCUUUCAUACAACGUCAACGACAUCAGCACUUGUGAUAGCAAACUUUAUGCCAAUCGAUAUAAAAAUACAUGAAAUUGCCAAAAUAGAAAGGUUGAAAAGAGAAAGACAUUGGACGUCUACGUUUACGUCUGAUGAAGGGACGAAUCAAAUAUACUAUCUCGAAGGACGUGCGAAAUUCACGGAACUGGAACACCCAGCGGAAAGAAUUGACGUUGAUUUUAUAAGAAUAGAAGACCCAAAAGAAAUAAUAACUUUGCCUGAUGAACUUAAUAUCUUUACUGAUGGUUGUAAAACAAAUGCAGGUGUUGGUUGCUCUUUUAAAACAUAUGGAGCACGACAGCGUGACAAGCUUAUCAAGUUAUCAACGGAAUGUACAGUUUUUCAGGCAGAGCUGGUCGCGAUGGAUAAAGCGUUAGAGUUUGGUAAAACAGUUAAUACUAAAGUAAUAAAUUUGUACACGGAUUCCUUAUCAGGACUGUUAGCACUUAAACAGAGGAGCAACACAAAUCCCAUUAUUAAUAGAAUUCAUAAAAACAUUAAAGAAAUCAGAACGUGUAACGUCAACGUGAAACUUCAUUUAGUAAGGGGACAUACGGGAAUUGAGGGCAAUGAUGAAGCCGAUUCUAUGGCUAAAAUGGCAGCCGAACUUAGUUUACCUAUUCAAUAUAACUACGUAUCCUUAAAUACAAUUAAGAAAAAAAUAAAGGCGGAGUCCAUUAAGAUAUGGAAUGAACAAUAUAAUAACUCAUUGACUGGUAGACUUACUAAGCAAUUUUUACCAUCAAAAGAUCAUAUACUACAGUUACAUAAAGUAUCUUUGCCUAAUUUUGAAUUAUCUCAAAUUCUUUCUGGACACUCGUAUUCACUUCAAUAUCUGUACAGAUUUAAAAUCAAAGAGAGUAAUAUAUGCGGGUGCGACAAAGUCACCGUACAGAGUAUAGAACAUUUAUUAUUCUACUGCCAUUACUUUGUACUCGAACGUGAAAUGUCAAAGGUUAGUCAUUCAGUUUACUUCUUUGGUUUAGUGCACAUUGUGAUCACAAUAAUAACAAGUGAAUACAUAAGUAUAAUGAGAAAUAUUAACUAUUCGGGCCGAGCUUCGGCGGCUAAAAAUAAUAAAACCAAGUGCGAUGCUAGACGGGCCCGAAUUAUGGCGGCCGUCUAUGCCAACAUUCCUACAACACCCGAGAACCAAAAUUAA